AUGGCCGACAGCCGCUCUGCACAAGAUCGACUUCAUCUGGGAAACAUGUUCAAUUCAGGAUAUUCUGCUGCGGAGAGGCUGAAUUCCGAACCCAGUCCCCAGCUCUUCAAGGACAGAAAGCUUAAGCAGGGAGAUGAUGAUGAUGAUGGCGCCGCUUUAAGUACUACAUUCGUCGUUGCAGGGAAUCCAGCGAGAAUUUCCAAGGCAAAGGCCGGUCCCGAGCAGGGCGGAAAUACCACGCCGUUGGCUUUGGACCGUGGCUUGGAGUUGGAUGCGACUCUCAAGUCGGACUGCAGUCUGUUGACGGUGAGGGAGGUUUGA